AUGCCUUUGCAACUGACCGAUCAACAUUUUGCGUUGGCACUGACACCCGAGGAUAUAUUAACGAUGGUUGCUCCGCAGUACGCAAACGACUACUACAGACCCUGGAAAGAGUUAUCAUCAUUGAUGACGAACUUCGGAACAACGAUCAAGUCCGACAGAGCGAAGUUCCAAGUCAAUUUGGACGUGCAACACUUUGCUCCUGAAGAGAUUUCGGUGAAAACCGCUGAUGGGUUUGUCGUCAUCGAGGGUCAGCAUGGAGAGAAGCGAGACGGACAUGGAUGGGUGUCCCGUCAGUUUAAAAGAAGAUACCCAUUACCUGAAGGGUGCUGCCUUGACUUUGUGGAAUCUCGUCUAUCAUCAGACGGAGUUCUAACUGUCACUGCCCCCUUAGAACGUCCUAUAAGUUCAAAUGAACGCAUCAUACCUAUUAUUCAUACUGGACCAGUGAAGAAGCUUGGUUCCAAAGGUGAAACUGGUGAUGGAGAAACUUCUCCAAGGCCUCACGGAGAAAAUAGAGAGUAA